AUUCACUAAAUGGCACCUUAAAAAAAAGUUUCAACCUUUGUCUCCUUCAGAAGUACAGAAAAUUGAAGAGCUUUUGAUAAAGCGAGGGCAUCAAUGGCGAGAAUCCGUAAAAGGGUUCAAGCUUUUCGUCGUGCUGCCGAUGGAAGCGCUUUCUAUAAAUGUGAGGAAUGUGGAGAUAUGAUCGCGAUUGCUCUGUUUGAUAUGCACGAGUGUGGGGAGAAACGAAGAGAACCGAAGAGGUUCAAGUGCGUAUCGAGUGAUAGUAAACCAGUUGGGAGCUUUGAAGAUGAGCCUAGAUCACCCUUCGUCUUCUUCCUAGAGGAUUUUAGGAAAAGCUACGAUGGGAACAUGGUGGAUGCUAGUAGAAUAUGUUUCAUUGUGUGGAAGAACAUGUCAAGAGAGGAUCAGAAACCCUUUAUAGCUCGUGCUGAAGAAGUUGAUUUGGCUCAUAACUUGAAACUAAAAGAAGAAGCUCAAAGUAUACAUAAGGCAGAUGAUGAGGCAGAUUCAAAAGCUGCUACAAAAUUUGACAAGUUUUGUGAGUGCUGUGAUCAUGAAGGGGAGGACUAUGAUUCAUCUGAUCAUUUUGAACAUGAGUUUUGGGAAGACGAUAGUGUACUGAAGUACUGAGACACUUGGUGGAGAGGGUUUUCACCUGUUGGGAGUUUUUUUUCUUUUCGGGGAAUAUUGUGUAAAUAUAGGCAAAGAGAGGCUCAUCUUUUUCCUUAGUAUAUAUAACUUUAGAGUUAUUUCUCUUUCUUUUUUUUGGUUAGUGCUCUUUAAAUCCUUUUUUUUUCAGUCACUACCAAGGGGACAUUGAUUGUUUGGCAAAUUAACUGAUUUGAGAAACAAACAUUGGUGUAUUAUAUGGAUGUUGCAUUAUAUCUUGGCCGUGA